AUGUUUAAAAGUGAGAUGAAGACUGAAAGCGAGAGGCUGUCGAGGAAAGUUCGAUUCCGCGUUGCUUCCUCUCACAGCGGGAGAGUGCUAAAGGAGGUUUAUGCCGAUGGAGAAGCUGGAGACUCUCUGGAUUCUGAAUAUGCCAGCAGCUCAGAGACUGACCAAACCAGCCGGUUAAGCGAAGUGGAAGGACCCCAGAACGGACAUGUAGGCUCUGAGUGUGAUGAAAAUGAAAACGAGCAGGAUGACCUGCUCAUUUUAGUGAGAGCCACCAAAGAAAAGGGGUUUGGUACCAAGCGGGUGAACAUUCUCAGCAAAAAUGGCACAGUCAGAGGAGUCAAGCACAAAGUCAGUGCUGGUCAAGCUCUUUUUGACAAUUUGUCAAAAGUAUUUCAG